CGUACUUGCUACAAGUAUUUAUUCAUAGUCUCAUAACAAGUAAGAUUAUAAGACUGAUAUUAAAAAAAAAGGACAGGAUGAAGAAGAGAAGAGGAGAAAAAAAGAAAGCCAAGUUGAAUAAAAAUUCAUAGUAAGGGGUAUUAAAUCUUCACAGGUCGAGUUCUUUGUGGUAGCUGGGUAAGAGUACACACAGCGACGGCGCAACGUUGCCAAGUUCAAGAGACAAGAGGCAGAGGCAGCAGCAGCAGCGGCAGUGAGUAGCGAGUAAACCAGUAAACUCCGACUUGAUCGGGAAACCCAACGUUGCCAGAUUUCGAGCUACAGAAGCUACGAGCACCCACGAGGAGUUUUGAGAGAGUGUCUGCCAGUCAAUUUUAGCCUCGGGAACGAAGUGGGUUGCACAUUGUACGGAGGACGGUUUAUAUUAUUACGUACCAAAAUGUAUGGCGAAUUCAGUGUCGUAUAAGAUUGGAACAGAAAAGAAAUAGCGAUUGAGAGAGGGAAAGAAAGAAGACUGAGAACAUCAGCAACAACAACAACAACAACAACAGCAACAACAAACAGUAAAGUCUGUAUUUAGUAGAUAAAUUAAUUAUUAUUAUUAUUAUUAUUAUUAAUAAUAUUAUUUUGAUUAUUAUAAUUGGUAUUAUUUGUUGGUUAUGAAAACUUAUUGGACUCUACCAUAAUCGGCUAGAGUAAGAAGGAAAUGGGAGGUGGUAGUGAUACGUGCUCAAAAAAUCAACACUGUAUUAAUAACAUAAUAAGGAAUGAGACUUUUAGCUCCGAGUCUUUCACAAUAUCGUCUGCUGGCAUGCUUGCUGCUGGUGACUGUCAAAAUAGUAUCAUCAGAUGUGGAUCCAUAUCAAGAGCAUCCUGGCAGACACCAAAAUACUGGCAAUCACCUAGCAACGACCAUCGAAUGUGCUGCUGGCUGCCGAUGCACCAGAAAUUGGAAUUUCCAAUGCAAGGCUCGCCGUUUUCAGGAUCUGAGAUUACCCGCGGGUGUCAUAGAAAUCGAGUUCGAGGAUGUAAGUACAGAGGCUGGAAUAGUGACUGUUGCCGCGCUGGAAUCUUCGACCCAGCUUCAAAAACUCACAUGGUCUUCAAGCGGAAUAGAGCAACUGGAGCGCGGGAUAUUUUCCACAACAAAACGGCUGCACUAUCUCGAUUUAGGUGACAACCGUCUCACCUCAUUGGACCCCGAUAUUUUUAGUUCACUCGAAGAGCUGAGGUACCUCAAUAUAUCGGGUAAUUUAUUAAAAAAUUUACCUGCCUUCAAAAAUCUUUACUCACUAGAAACUCUAUUAGUAUCACGUAAUCGUCUUGAAGUGCCACCAUUCAAGGCAUUUGCUUCCUCAAGUUAUCUCCGUCAUCUUGAUCUCUCUGGGAAUUACCUUGUUUUACUGCAAGAAUUUACAUUUCAGCCAAACCGUGAAUUGGUUUAUCUAAAACUAUCAAACAAUCAUCUCUUAAAUUUACCUAGCCGAGUAUUUUCAGGUCUUGCUAAAUUACGAUACCUUGAAAUAUCAAACAUCAGCAUCAGUCAUCUACCACGUGGGUUAUUUACUGAAUUAAAUGCUCUUGAGUAUUUAAACAUCUCCAAAAAUCCAAUAACUAAUUUAACUGAUUACACAUUUCAAGGACUGAUCAGAUUGAUCCAACUGGACAUCAGCAGUACUUUGAUCUCACAAUUACCUCUGGGUAUUUGGCAGCGUUUGUCCAGCUUGAAAUCCCUAAUAAUGGACAGCACAAGAUUAAAAGUGUUAAAAGCCGAGGAUUUUUUAGGCUUAAACAAUAUUGUUAAUUUGACAAUCACCAACAGCCCGAUACGUGAUAUCCAUUCAAAGGCAUUUGAUCAAUUGUUACAUCUUCGGAACCUUGACCUGCAUAAUAACAAUUUAUUCUUCUUGCCAGCGAGUCUGGCACACCUGACCCAUCUAUCAAGUUUGAAUCUACAAGGUAAUCCCUGGGCAUGUGAUUGCCGUAUGUUUUGGUUUGUCGACUGGGUUCACAGCAACAUUCAUCCAAAAGCAUUCGCUCAUGGACUCAGAUGCGGUGAUAACGACCAAGUGGAUAUACUGGACGCAUUAAAGUACUUAAAUUGCACUCCACCAGUUUUAAUUCACAAGAGCCAAAACGAUCAACUGCAUCUCAUUAAUAAAUCGGUACUGCUUGAGUGUGAAUUCAAUGGGAAUCCAGCUCCAUCACUGACCUGGGUCACUCCAACACUUGAGAUCUUCCACUGGAAUCCCGACCGUACUUUUCCCGAUACAUUUCAUAAUCAUCCAAUUGAUCACACUAGAGACAAUUUAAUAAACCUCAACAACAAUGGUAGAGUACGUUUGCUUGAAAAUGGUUCUCUGUUUAUAAAAAAUUUACUGAGACAGGAUGUCGGUCUUUACAAGUGUUUCGCAGUUAAUCCAAUAAAUAAUGCUACUACUUGGCUCCAUCUUAAGAUGGAUCCCAUUGUUUAUCAUAACAUAAAAAUGUUAAGUAUUGCUGUUGGAGCUGCUUGCGCAACGUUAUUUCUCCUGCUGACUCUUUUCAUCCAGUUUAUAAAAUAUCUUCUCUAUCGGUGUGGCUGCUGCAGAUGGUGCACUUGCUGUAGACGCGGAGUUACACCACGUGCUAAACAAAUCUAUCAAAUGCUGGAUAACAUUGAGCAAUACAAGAGCCAACAGCUUGAACGUUUGCGUGAAAAUUACACGCAGCAAGUUCAUAGAAUAAAAGACAAUUGUGCUCAGCAAGUUGAGUGGAUAAGAGACAGUUACGAGGGACAAAUGAGGCACAUAAGAGACAUCCGAGAUUAUGGAACGAACCAUCUUACAACACUCCGAGAUCAAUACUAUGAACAGGUGAAACGCGUACGUGACUACUCAACAGGACAAUUAAAUUGGGUACGAGAGAACUACGUCUUCCAACGAAACAAGAUCCGUAAAUUUAGUGCUCAUCAAGUGUUACGGCUACGCGAGGGGUACAAGUAUCAACAACAGACCCUGAAUAAAGUAUUGGAAAAUUUGCCAAAUUUGUACUUUGAUAAUUGUCGCAGUGGAUCGUGUGGAAAAAGCGACUCAGCGGGAUUCGACGCACGAGAGUUGAGUUCUUCAAUGCCGGAUGUCGAGACAUACUUUAAAAUUAAAAUAAACGAGCUGGCGGCUUACAACAGUGCUAGUAUGGAAGACAUUAACAGCGAGUACUACACGCCUACGGAAUUUUCAUCGGCGAGCCCUCAGACGCAAAAUUUUAUCGACACAAUCCAUAUUAAUUACAUUGAGGAUGGUCCACCACCGCUACCACAACUGUUACCAUGUUUCAGAGAAGAAAGUGCAAUACUCCAUCCGAUAAAGGAGCAUGACAGUAACGAGGUGGUUAUAGUUACUUCAGUUACUACCAACGACAACAAAGACAAGAAACAAACUCAAGUAAACAAGCCGAUCAAUAGGGGUACAAGUGUUGAAUUGUUGGGCCGUAAACAAAAUCCACAAACGCCAGAGAGUCUUGGUCUUCUUGCUCCCAGCACUAGUAUGCCCGAAUUACCUCACGAGACUAGGCUCUAACUGGCCUAAUUGUGAUAAUUUUAAACAAAAUUAAAUAAAUAACUAAAAAUAUAGUUACUGAUUGAAUUAUUAAUUUUUUUUUGUUAAUUUUCUGUGAUGCCGGUGCAAGUCAUGUUUUUAUUACAUUUGAAAUUUGUUUUUUCGUGCUCUGGAAUUCAUGUGCCUUUCACUAAUGCUUCAUCGUAUCGGUCAAGGUGAGAGUUAUCGGUGGCUUCUGCAUUAUUAUUUAAAUAAAUAAUAAUAAAACAAAAAACAAAUAACAAACUUUUUUGUUUAUUAAUAAUAUACACUGGUGCUUGCACAUGACACCGUACCUGACACGUUAUAAUCAUGAGUGAUUAAAAUAAUUUUUAAAAACAAUCAUGUGUUUUUAAAAUAUAUAUAAUAUACGUGAGAAACUAAUAGCAAACAAUAAAUAAAUUAAAACAAUGCUACUCGAUUGUGUUUGUGUCUUAAACAACAUCAACAAAAAUAAUAAUAAUAAAAACAACGACCGCUGAUUGUUUUACGUGACCUGCGUUACCGGCUUCUAUCUUUAUUAUAAACAAUCCGAUAAACUAUUGAUAAUAUUUAGGAAAUUAAUUUGCAAAUGCCUAGGUGUCAAUUGAAAAUAAUAUUACAAAUACUAACAAUAACAAUGACGAUUAAAAUAAUAAAUUAGUGUUUUUAGUUUUUUGUUUAAAGCGGGUUAUUUUUUUGAAUUGUCAAUUAGAUAUACUUUUUUUUUUUUUUUUUUUUUUUUUUUCCGAUUGUCUCAUCAUGAUCCGAGCCAAUAAUUGUUCUAAAAAGGACUUUUUUUUGUGUUCGCGAGUAUAGAAAAAUCAUGUUAUUUUCAUCUGUUCAUCUGAAACUCUGCUAGAUUGUAAGUUGUUAAAGAAAAUAAGUGAUUUUUUUUUUUAAGUUUCUAUAAGUAGAAAUAUAAUUACGCUAACGAUAAUUAUUAGAAAAUUUUCUUUAACUUUUUAUAAUAAUUUUUUUUCUCAGAUCAGUCUAUACUGUAUUGCUAAAAAGAAUAUACAUCUUAAUAUUUAUUUAUAGUUGAUGAGAAAAAAUAGUGUGAAAAAUUUAAUCCAAGUUUGUAUUUAGUGCCAAAAGUCUAAAUGAUUUUCCAAUUAUCGUCUUCCUUGAGGAAACAAAAUUGUAAAGGCAAUUUAAUUUUAUUAAUUAUCUGAGUUUACUGAAUGUUGUCAAAGUGUAAUAAAGAUAAUUAUUUAGAUUAUCACAGAAAAAUUAAUUUAAAAAUUUAAUUUUAAAGUUAGAAAAAACAAAACUUUAAUGAUACUUUAAUGGAUCAUGUAAUUUAGUUAAAAAAAAUGAAUAAGUUGUUUUACUGUAAUUAAUGUGGUUAUAGCAUAAACGCUUAUUACUAGUGAUAUAAUUGCUUUUUAUUUGAUAAUCCAUUAAAAAGAUAUGUUGAAUACAGCCUUGGUAGAACUGAUCAUGGAGAGUUUACCAUAUAAAUGGCCAAGACGUAUCAUUAAAUGUGAGAAUUAAUAUUAUAUUAAUUUAAAUUAAUAUUAAAAUGAAAUUCACACUAUUAUUAUCAUCAUUAUUUAUGAUAACUCUAGAAAAAGACAGAAAAUGGAAAAAAAUAAAAAUUUGAAGAGAUAUUUAAAUCACUAAAAGUCAAAUUAUAUAUAGCACUGAAUUUUAAACCUAGUCGAAUAUUUUUCUUAAGAAUUUUUGGUUUAUAUAUAAAUUUGAAAUUAUUGUUUUUAUCAAUUUGAAAUUGAAUUAGCGUCGAUUGUGAAAAUAAACAAAAAAUAUAUAAGAUAAAUCAAAUCGCAAUAUGAACGAGAUUUGAAGUAAACUUUAAUUUUAGUGGAUAUUAUUAUCAUCUUCCACGACUAUGUUGUAGACGUAUAAAUGAAGAAAAAAAGAGAAUAAACUUCUGAAAUGGGAAAAAUUGAUCAAGA